CGCACGGGGCGGACAUUUUGUGGUCCCGGCGCCGCUCCGCCCCCGGGGCGGGACCAGUGGCAGCCAUGGCGGAGUGGGGCCGAGGUCCGAGCACCGGCACCGAGGAUGUGCUGGACGCGGAGAACAAGCGGAUGGCGGAGGGGCUGGCGGGGAAGGUCACCCGGCUCAAGGCGCUGGCGCUGGACAUCGACAGGGAUGCAGAGGAGCAGAACCGUUACCUGGAUGGCAUGGACUCGGAGCUGCUGAGUGUGACAGGGCUGCUGACAGGCAGUGUGAAGCGCUUCUCCAGCAUGGCCCGUUCCGGCCGGGAGCACCGGCGCCUGCUCUGCUCCGUCUCCGUGGGGCUCAUCCUGCUCUUCGGCAUCCUCUACUACCUGCUGGCCAAGGCAGGGACGUGAGCUGCUCGGGGGGUUCAUGGACACAUAGCACAGUGACUGACAAGGGCUCAUCUGGGUCUGCCUGUGGUGGAGUCCUUCAGGUGUUCCAGACAGACCCCACACACCCCGUGUCCACCAGCUUCUCCUUGUUCUGCUGGUGUCAGACAUCUCUAUAAAGUUAAGCGGUUCUAAACAGAUUCUCAUGUAGAACACAUCCUGGUGUUGGUAGGUGCUGACACCUUUAUCUCUUGCCUCAUUGGCCACAUCUCACAGCCUAUUUUUAAAGGCUGCUUUUGUGUUCCCUCCCCUUUUGACGCCCGGUACGAGGCUUGGGAGGAGAUGUGGCUCCAGAGACACACUGAUACCCACAAACCAGCUGAGCUUUGGGAGCUCCAGUCCAGGAUGCUGACUGGGGAGGUCUGGAAGCAUGAACAUGUGAUUGACAUUCCAGUGUGGCCACUCAGCUUCCCAUGGCCUAUUGACAGCAUUGGGGUCACUGGGUGAGAUGAAAUGUGCUCUGCUUUGAUAUGAAACCAGAUCUGCACCCUGAGACUUCCCAAUUGUUGCAGAGGAGUAAAACUUCAUAGAGUGUGGGCUCUGUCACCUUCAUCCCCCCUCUGGCAACACGGGGAUGAACCCUGCAGAAAAGGAGGGCCAGAGCCCGUAAGCCACCUCCAUUUGCACACAUGGAGCAUCUUCCA